CGGGCGUGCUUGUCACUUCCGCUGAACCUGCCUCUUUUGCUUCCUUCCGGAGCUCCGGACUCGGCGGAGGAUCCGGGACCCACCCUGAGUGGAGAGGAGUCUGGAGAGAUUGAGACUGAGUUGCUGUCCUUGUAUUGCUCUGGAAGGACUCAUCCGCUAAACAUUGGGACGCUGUAGUCUCUGAAGACAAACCCUCCGGUGGACACUAUUAACUGACAGAGGAUAUGACCUCCUUGAAACUCCAUCCAUCACAUUAACGCCUCUCCUCCUGCUGUCGUGUUGCAGUGCAUGUGCAGAUUGACUCUUCCUCUCUGGGUCCAUGAGGGAGUACAAAGUGGUGGUGUUGGGCAGCGGAGGGGUUGGGAAGUCAGCCUUGACUGUACAGUUUGUUACAGGCACCUUUAUUGAGAAGUAUGACCCCACCAUUGAGGAUUUUUACCGGAAGGAGAUUGAAGUGGACUCUUCGCCAUCCGUACUGGAGAUCCUGGAUACAGCUGGCACAGAGCAGUUUGCCUCCAUGAGGGAUUUAUACAUUAAGAACGGGCAGGGCUUCAUCUUAGUGUAUAGCUUGGUGAAUCAGCAGUCAUUCCAGGAUAUCAAGCCAAUGCGGGACCAAAUAGUCAGAGUAAAGCGAUAUGAGAAGGUACCCCUCAUUCUGGUUGGGAACAAGGUUGACCUGGAGUCUGAGCGAGAAGUUGUGUCUACAGAGGGCCGCUCUCUAGCUCAAGAAUGGGGCUGCCCUUUUAUGGAGACAUCUGCCAAGAGCAAGACUAUGGUGGACGAACUGUUUGCGGAGAUCGUCAGGCAAAUGAACUAUGCAUCUCUGCCUGAGAAGCAGGAUCAGUGUUGUACAACGUGCACUGUUCAAUGAGACACUCGGAGGGACCUCAAACGUGGCCAUAAAAGAGCAGAUAACUCAGAGGAAAUUUGCACAGCUUCGGCUUUGAAGAAUUUACAGCCCAGGUUGCAGAUCUGAGCCGUGAUAAACCUGUCUGCACAACAGCACAUUUGCCAUACAUGUCAUCGAACGCUCAGAGAUGGCGGGUCACGUUCGCUCGCCAUCAACAACUGUGCAUAGCACGUUUACCAUAAGUUAAAAAAAUAUAUAUUUUUUUUUUUUUUUUUUUUUUUUUUUUUUUUUUUCUUUUCUGAAAAUUGUAUUUAUUAAGUACUUAAACUCAGUAUUACCUACUUAAUGCCUUUUUAAAAGACGGUUUUAACGGAGGAUAAUUUGAGCCUUAAUCGCAUGGUUUAUUUUCUAUACGUUACCUCGAAUUUGCUCUUAACUCCUUCAGUGCCAGUGGGCCAGUAAAGCGGGGUCUUACAAUGCCCCCUCUGCUUCUCUUGCAUUGAAGGUGUUUGUA